AUGUUGAAUAAUAUUCUGUACAAUAUAUUUUUCAGAGAAUUAUUUCAAAAUUCCAAAGUUAAUAUAACUGAUGAGAGAUGCAGGCAAAGACCAUCAGAGGCGAAGAUUAAAUCUCAUUCUCAGUGUAUUUUUAUUUCUCGAAAUUUUCAUACUGGAGCAUUUCAACAACAGGAGGAGCAAAGAAAACAGGAAGCAGCACGUAUAAAAGCAAUUAAAGAUAACUCUAAAGAUGAACUCUGCCUUGCAACAGAAAAGGUCACUUGUGACCCCUCAGAGACUAGCUCAGCAACAAAUUGCAGCAGUGUCACAUUAAGCUUAUCAACAUUGCCAUCUGAUUCUUAUUACAGCCAAAGUAUAGAAGCAGCUGAUGACUGGUUUUCUGACGAUUCUUUAGUGAAAAAGAACUCUCCAAUGCCUUUUCUCACGGAACCGCUAAUGGAAAAAGUAUUUUCAUACCUGUCAACCAUUUCAUUAGAUCAAUCUGGUCAAAAUGUACUGAAUAUGACACUAAAUGAUGAUCAGAAAGAUGGCAGCAUUAAAGAAAUAUGUUCAUGA